CCAGGUCAGAGCUUAUCCCAGCAGCCUGGGGUGACCCAGGAUACAGCACAGCAGUGCCUUCAGUUCCACCCAGACCAAUCAGUUCUUAUCCUGCACGCCAAGGUAGCGCAGAAGUCAUAUGGCAACGAGAAAAGAUUCCUGUGCCCACCUCCAUGCGUGUUCCUCAGUGGGCCAGGAUGGAAGUUCAAACAAGAGCACCUAAAAGUCAAUGGUUUAGCGGACUUUAGCUGUCGGCUCUGUGGCUAUAUGGGUCUUGACAACCUCGGAAGUGCCCAGAUGGACAACUUUAAACUGGCCUUUGAGGAACAAGCUGAUGCAAAGAAGUUUGCCUGCGCAAAAGCCCUGUACAUUUCUGACGCAGACAAGCGAAAGCACUUCCGACUGGUACUGAAGCUUUUUUUUAGCAGUGGACAAGAAGUUGGCUCCUUCUACAGCAAGCUGAUCAAAGUGAUUUCCAAGCCGUCUCAGAAGAAGCAGUCGAUGAAGAAUGCUGACCUGUGCAUAUUGUCAGGAUCCAAAGUGUCGCUCUUUAACCGCUUGCGAUCUCAGACCGUUAGCACACGCUACCUGGCUGUGGAGGGAGGUGCGUUUGUGGCCAGUGCCAGGCAGUGGGCAGCCUUCACCAUUACUCUAGUGGAGCGGCAGCAGUUGGAGAAGGGGGAGUAUUCGCGGCGGGAAGGCUACGUCUAUUACGGCUGCGUAGUCCAACUCGUCUGCACCAUCACUGGGGUAGCUCUACCCCCCAUGGUGAUUCGAAAGGUGAACAAGCAACAUGCCAUUCUGGAUGUGGAGGAGCCUGUCUCCCAACUCCACAAAUGUGCUUUCCAGUUCAAGGAGAGCAGAAUGUACCUGUGUCUCUCCAAUGAAAAAAUCAUACAGUUCCAGGGGUCGCCAUGCUCUAAGGAACCUGGCCGAGAGCUUCUGAACGAUGGCUCAUGCUGGACCAUCAUUGGCACGGAGAUGGUGGAGUACACCUUCAGCGAGAGCCAGGCCUCCCUGCAGAGCUCCGUCACCCCCAUCCCCAUCAUCAGCGCUCUGGAGCUGAACGGAGGCGGACAUGUGGCCAUGUUAGAGAUUCACGGGGAGAAUUUUGGCCCACAUCUGAAGGUCUGGUUCGGAAACAUGGAAGCGGAAACAAUGUUCAGGACUCCCAAGUCGAUGCUGUGUGUUGUACCAGACGUGUCAGUGUUCAGUGGGGAGUGGAAAUGGCUCCGGCACCCAAUCACCGUCCCCCUGUCCUUAAUCCGCUCAGAUGGUCUGAUCUACAGGAGCACCUUCACCUUCACCUACACCCCAGAGCACAGCCCCCCCGCCAAGCCCAAGGUGGCUCUUGAGCACACCACAGAUUCUGACAGCCUCAUACACUCCAUUCACCAGGAGUUCACUCGCACCAAUUUCCACCUCUUCAUGCAGAACUAGCCUAGAGACAGGGGCAGCCCUUAGGAGCUACAGAAGAAAGCCAAUAGUCCAGCAAUUCAACUGUCCAACAGUCGAGUGAAAAAGCAACUCCAGGCCGGAUGUCCAACAGUCCAAUUGCUCAGCUGUCCAACAACUCAACAGACCAGCUGCCCAACAGCCCAGUAGCCUAGAUUUCCAACAGACCAGCAGUCCAGCGAUAAAGCAACUCAGAUGAGUCACCUAUC